AGCGAGCGCCGCUUGAAGGUUCAUCCUCCGUGGGCCGCGUUGCAACAUUGCACUCGAAGGCGGCGGACCGCGGGGAAGAGUUUUUAACUUCGUCGCGAUGCGUAGAUUCGGGAGGCUUUUUGGCGACUACAUUUUAAGUAUCCGCGGGUAGAGGUUGUGUUUUUUUCUGUUGUUGUUGUUGGCUUAGAUCGCGAAAAUUAUAAAUGUGCCUUUGAGCGCCGCCAGCGCCACCCCGACGCAGCCAAUUAGUUGUGUGCUUGGUGUGUGUCACGUAAAACGUGACAAUUCCUUACGAGCUACAGCAGUCACUUAACUGUUGGUUUCAUUUUAGCUGCGUUCAGAUUUUAAAGUUUGUCGUGAAGUUGCGAGAUUGUACUUUUGUUCUUUAAUUAAGUUUUUUUUUUAAUCGGCGUCAAAUGCCGUCCAAGGCUCCACGCAAAGCGAAGAGGCAAAAAUGCGAGAGUCCACAGCGAUCGCCUCAUCCCACAACAACCACAACCACCACCGCCGCCGUCGCUGCUGCUGCAUCGACCGCAAAGGCCGAGGGGGUGGACGAGGUGGACGAGGAUAAGCAGGAGGAGGUGUACGUGGAGGAGGGUGGGACAGACCUCGAUGUGGAGCUGCCCACGAUGACGUCGCUCGUUCACGACCGGCCCCAGCUGCUGGAGCAGAGCCUCCGAGCCGUGGGGGACAAACAGACGAGGAGGAUCCUCCCGCCGAGACUCUCGGCCUGUACCCUGGAGGAGGUGAAGGCCCUCUGUCUGGAGCAACUGAUGCUGAUGUCAGACAAACAAAUCCACCAGGUCCUGCAAGGUGAGCCAGUUGGGUCGGAUUCAGAAGAGGAUAAGAUGGGGGCAACCACCAAGGACGGAACAGAACAGUGUGAAAACAGGCAACACAGCCAGUGCAUGGACACCACAAGUGCAGCCUCUGUCACGUGCACCCAGCCUGGUGCUGAGCCUGACAAUGAGGCCACACCGGUCGCCACCACAGAUGGUGCAAUAUCGUGCGCGGAGAGCGAUGCCUUGAGUCUGGUGGCGGCCGGGUCCCUCUCUGAGGAUGAGAUCGAGAACGAUGGAAAGGAGCAGGAGGGAGAUGAGAGGAAGGUGGAGGAGGAGAAGGUGGAGGGAGAGCAGCGGGUAAAGGGGGCUCCCUUGUCUCCCCACGGCUCCACGGGCAGCAGAGGUCUCCCCGAUUCUCAUGCCCCACACUCCCUCCCCGCUAUUCUCCACCAGACCCUGGAUGCACUCCUCUCGGACCCACUGCCUUCCUCUCCCGCCUCGUCCUCCCCCUCCUCGUCUCCCACGUGCUCUUCUAUCGAGGGCGUUGCAGCCGGAAAGGCCACACCUGUGCCGGGCUGUGGCCCUGCCCACGAUAUCCUGGAACUGGAGCUCAGGGCUCGUGCGAUCAAGUCGCUCAUGAAGGCGAAUGAGCGCAGGCUGAACUCCUAAGGACGCCGCUUCCCCCGUUGGGUUCAGAGGUCGAAGCACCUCCGAUUAGUACGGUUGGCUUCGUAUGGUGCGAAAGAAGUUUACCGUAAAUACGUACGGAAACUGAUAGGGGUACUUCCUCUUGGCACGAGUUUUCGUGAUGUUCCCUGCGCUGAGCUGUGUCCUUUCCACGAUGUCAUCCUAACCACCACAUCCGUGUUUGGCUCUUGCUCUUCUGCCUUAGAUUUUUCCUACAGAUCCUACAAAUUGUCAUCAGUUUUUGCAUUAUCAUAGCUAAUGACCAAUCGAAACUCAUUCCAAGAUUAUUCACGCAAAGAUUUUCACAAGAUUAAAAUAAACUUGAUAACAAAUUGUCAAUUGCAUUAACAAUUAAGUUCAUAAGUAUCUGGUCAAUUUAUGCAUGGCCCUCAUUUGUAAUAGUGGAAUACCUGUGAAUGUUGUGGGGCUGGAACCACGUGCCACCUAUGCUGAGCCCUUUUCUCGCACAAAAAUGAAUGAGCCUUUCCGAGUUGUCAUUGGGGAUGCUGCUGCCAUGCGGGGGGGCCAAUCACAGUUCGGAGGCCAUCUCUGGAAGUGCGAAAGAGAUGGAAUUGAAGUCUCCCAAGGCACGUGGCGAGGUUUUGUUGGGUUCAUUGUCUGCUCUGAGAACCGGUAGAAAUGGUUUUUACUGGUAGGAACGAAGUUGUAAACUGAGUGUACCAGCCUGCAAUAGAUUCAUGUGUCCGUCCGUCCGCCCGUCCCCUUUCAAUACUUUAAUGAAGUGAAAUCUCGUGCUGUUGGGUGUAAAAUCAGCAAUAGACAGCGCAGAGACUUGUCCUACCAGCCCACCCUGCAGGGACCUGUUAAUGUCGUCAGGUGCUUCGUCGGCAGGUGCGUAUGCUGCGGCUACAAAUAGGUUACCAAGGGUGUAGCCAGUUGCCUGUUGUUUACUGGGCACCAUUCUUCAAGGGCCUACUUUGCUCCCGAUCAAGGGCAAUGGCCACCCAGGAAAGCCGGGGAGAGCUGCCUGUGAGCCCUAUCCACAGGUUGCUGUAAUUUCCUGUUGUGAUUUCACCCGCACCGAGCUAUGGCACCUCACCGCACUCCCAUGAUGCUAACUCCUGCCCUCUCGAAUUAUUUUGAGAGGCUGUGCAUAGCACUUGGUUGGCAAAAAAAAGGUGUCUGAUGUUCCACGUGCUUAACCCUCAAUGUUAUAUGCGCAGUUGGUGUCUUUUUGUCUCGUCCACCGUAACGCGCUUCUCACGGCUGGCCGGUGAAAAUCCAGGCUGUGCGCUCCCUUGUCAACCCUUGCCACGUGCAAUGCGGUGUGACGGUAUACUUGGUGGUGUGGCUCGUGGGGAAAUUUUCGGCAUUCAACUUCCCCAACUGGCCCCCCCGUGCUGAUAGGGAUGCAGGGUUGGUAGCUGGGAGUUCUAAAAGUUGGGUUCCGUUGAGCCGGCUACCCAGCAGCUCUUUAACCUCGGAUGAAGAAAAGGUUGCUGAGCUGUCGGGACAAGUCCACGCACCGUUGGGCCCUUGUAUCGUGCGGGGCCAGCAUCUGCUCCCGGACCGAAUAUACCGCCAGGAUUUAAUUAAAGCGUUAAUUAUUUAUGACUACUCACGGGAACUGAUUACACAUUUGCGAAUGACUGACUCGUUGACAAUUUAACACGGUGAAUAGCAACUUGAUAAGGAUUACCCAAACUCACAAUUACACUCGAUGUACUAAAGGCCAAUAUUGACUCCAUAACGACCAAUGCAGGCUGGCGGCUAAAUUGAGAUAUCUUAGAAACGAAUGACGAAUCUAUCCUCACUCAAACGCUCCCCCUGUAAAGGCGUCGCCAUUGAGUCUGCGCUCGAGCGAUGUUAUUGCAAUGACGUAAUGGCACGUGAUAGUAACUUGAAUACCUUUUCCAGCAUCAAUGAGCACGGUUGGCUACUUAGGGUGUGAAAGAAGUUCAACAAACAUGCGUAACCUGGGACAUGCAGCCUCGGUGAGUAACAAGAAUAGUUACAAGAGAAGGGCUUGGGUGGUGUAUAAAUAGUGAAAUUGACAGUUCAUUUAUUUAUUGUUCAUAUUUUAAUUGUGUUUUUCACGUGUUUAAUGUGUGGAGCCGUUGGAGGUACUGUUCGUUUGCGUUCCACGAGUGCUCUUCACUUUUUAUUAACACAUGUUCACGAUACAGGAGUGUUUAAUACACGCAUUUCAAGUCCAGUUGGACGACCGCAGCUGCAUGAUUUAAUUAAAUCUGGUUUGUUGCAUCCGA